AUGGGCAACAGUGCUUCGACAGGAGAUGUGAUCUUAGACAUCGGAAGAAAGGUAGGCUCUGUAGCUUUGGCUGUCAGCUACUUUACCCCCGCAGCAAUAGUCACUAUUCCGGCAACCGCAGUCGUAGGAACUGUGGGAUUAACCACCGAAAUCGUUGGUCGUGCUAUUGAUAAUGAAACUACUAGAGAAGUAGGAGGUUUUUUUAGAGGUUUAGCAUUCGAUGCUGCCAUUGAUGGA